AUAUGAACCAAUUAGUGUGUCCAUUGUGCUGCGAAACGCUGAAAGAGGAAGGCGCACACUUCUACAAACAUUUUAAGUACAAGAGAUAUGCAUGCGGAGAGAGCACAUGUGAUAUGGGAUUCUACACACAACAGGAGCUCAAUGCUCAUUGCUCGAAACACGGACACAAGCGCUCUUUUCAGAAGACAGUAAACCCAUACAUUGACAAAAUGAUAUCGGUUGUUGUGGAAGACGCAUACGCCCUAGCGACUGACGAUAUGGAAACUGUGCUUGAGAAGCGAUGGGGAAGAGAUCCGAGAUCAGUGUCACCGACUUCACCUGUUAAAAAGACUCCUACUGAUAGUGCAAAGAAUAAAAGAAGUUCCGUCGUAACUCCAACAUCUCCUCCAGUGCCAAAAAAGGCAAAAUCGGGAACUUCUACGACUUCACCAUUUGCAUUUUUAAAUAGAAGAACAAAUAAUUCUGAGAGCUCACUCUGCCCCAACGCCUCCUCAACAUCAGCUCAGCCAGCUUCAUCAAGUUCAGCUCAAGCUAUAGUUGAUUCAACAACCAGUGAACAUAAUAUAUCUAUUGAUAAAACAAAGAAACCGAGGAAGAAAAGAAACGAGUCAAUGACAGCAGCUCAAAAUCAAGAGAAAGCUGGAAAAAAUGCAAAUUACGAUGAAAUGUCAGCGAUUGAUAAACUAAUUGGAUGGUUUGAUCCAAAUGUUCCAGAGAGACGAGAUGCUGCAAAAGUGAAAUGUGCGGUUUGUAAUGAAGAAAUAGUUUAUGAUUUUAUUCUCCGAAAAGGACACGUGACUCGUUCCCACAUGGCAGCUGAUGUAGCACCAGAAGAUUAUGAUGAUUUGCUGAAAACUGCGAUGGAUCGAUCGUAUCCAGAUCUCCCAAAUUCGGAUCUUGCUUGUCAACUUUGCAUGACUGGUGCUGAAGUUCGAAAAAAUAUGCGCCGAGAGCAUAUCGAGAAGCUGCACACGACGAGUCUUCCACCGCUAACAUGUCCAGUUGGAGAAUGUGAAAAAGGAUUCAGAAGACAGUGUGAUUUGAGUUCUCAUAUGAAAGAUACACACAAAGCGAGCAUGGCAGUGUACAAAAAUGCAACAUUUCAACAAGUUCGUCGCCGUCGAAAUGCUAUGAUAAACGAGAUGAUCAAUAAAUGCUUUCCGUGGUCUCGAUUAGAAGCAAUUGAGAAUAAGACUGUAGUUGGGGAGAAGUCGGAUUCUGUUAACCGCGCUCCUGUCGAUCGCUCGUUUGACACAGAUGUUCGAGUGAGAGACGUUAACAAAACUCGCCGUGCUCCUCAAUACAAUGCGAACCGAUCUUCGUCGUCCGAUUCUGAUUCAGAACAUGAAGAAGCAGCGUCGGUGGCUACGGGAGAAGUUUCCGAAACUGGUGGAACCGAUGAUUUCCCGCAAGACGUCAUAUACAUAUGUCAUCAAUUCAAUACGGAAGUUGCUCAAAAACUGUCGCAGAUCGUCAGAAUAAAGCCAGAGAUCAUUGAUGUGGAAGACGUGCUUAUGAAUGAUGUUACAAUGGAAAUAAAUGAGAUUCCAGUUAAAGAAGAAACAGAGGAAGAGCAACCGAAAGAGGAAAAUAACAGUACUCUACCAUCAAUUCCAAUUCCAUCAAUCUUCUCACCAUAUGAGCCAAUUGUUCCACCACCAGCUACAUCUCCAGAUCCAAUGAAUCCGCCAAUUGCAUCACUGCUUCCAACUCGAAUUCUCAGUGCGACAAACGUUUUGGAGAAUAAAUAUAAUGAAAAUGUUAGCUCAAGAAGAUCGACAUCACGUGAACGUUCUUCCAACAGAAACUACGAUGAAAGAUGGUCUCGAAAUGACUACAGUAACCCUCGUAACUACAGCAAUCGUUCAUUCCAUCAACGAAACCAACGGGGACAUUCAUCAUCGAAUCGUUUCAAUUCUCCAUUUGUUAGUCGAAAUAACUACAACAACAAUUCUGAAACAACUGAAGGAUCUUCUCGUCGUUCCGAAUAUAAUUCUUCGUCUUCCAAUCAUCAUUCCCGUUCGUCAUAUCGUGGCAAUCGAGAUGAUCGAGGCUCUCGAUGGUAAAGCCGCCAUCAAUAUUAUAUAUGCAUUUUCCUUCUAAAACCGUUCAAUCUUCAAAUAUUUCCCUUAACCUUCCAGUAUUCCAAAUCAGCUUGUGCGAAAUUUUAAGAAAAUUUCUCGAAAAAUCUAAAUCUCCUUCGCUUUCAAACAUCAAAUUUAGUUUCUGUGUGUUAGUAUAUCCUAGCGUUUCAUAUCUAAGAUAACAAUUCUCAAUUAUCUCUUUUUAGUUAGCAAUAAAAUAAUGCCA